CUCUCUCUCUCUCUCUCAGAGUGAACUGAAACAGCUUUCGCGGUCUAUUUGGUUUCUCUGCUGCUGGGUACUUACUUCUUCUCUUUAGCUCACUUUGCAUCCAUUAUUGUGUUCGUGAGUCGAAUGCAGCAGCAGCAGCAGCAACUCUUCGUUAUCUACGGUUCCUGAUCUCUCCACUGGAUGUGACUUGCCGUAGAACAUCUUGAUUUCCCGCUAACAUAGAUGGACUAAAAGGCUUGAUAUGUUGUUGAAUGGUAUUCGAGAGCAUACACCAGUUAAGAUGCAAUCAAGUGAUCAAUACUGAGGACCUUCCAGCAAUAUGGGGUUCAACAAAGAAGUCAUGAGAAGUUCAAGGCCCAGAGAAGGAUCAGAAGUGACGAAACAGAGGACCCUUUCACAUCGAGCAGCGACUCACAUUCUAAGGUUCCAAGACAAGCCGAGAAUAGGAAGUCCAUCUGCUCAACCUUGGCAUCAAGAAUUAAGGCAGCGUGCGGGUGAUGGGCUCAAAUUCUGUCCAAAGACUCGGCAUAACUCUCAGAAACCCUGGACUGGGGGAAGUAGAGAUGAUGAGCUCGUUAAGCACAUGUCGAAUUUGCCUGGCUAUCUCCAGCCAGUGGAGAAAGGAGAAACUUUUCAAGAGAAGGCUCUGAAUUUUGGAGUUCUUGAUUGGGAGCGUCUAGAAAAGUGGAAGUAUGGGAAGACAUGCACACUGCCAAGAGGUCACACCAAUUCAUCUUCUUCUGGCAAUAAUCCAUCCAAUAGAGUUGAGAGCAAGAAUCAAUCUUGUACAAAGAAGCAACUGCAAAUGCAAUCACAUUGUCAGAGUCUCAGUUCAUCUCAUGGAGGUGGCCCCCCUUCUCGACAUAAAUCGUCUCAAGGGAAGGCCGUGCAACAAGAUUUGGAAGUCUCUUCGCGGAACACCUUGAGCGAGCAAAGAAACUCCAACCGGUCAGUUAAAACUUCUGGCAGAAAUCGUUCUGAUAGUAAGCUUGAGAGGGGCAAGAAAAAAGAUUCAAAUCAGAACUUCAAAUCCGAUAAAGAAACCUCCUUGUCAGGCUCAAGGAAAGAUGGGUUCUCACAUUCUUCCAAGGACAGUACAAAUGCUCAAAAUCGUGUAUUCUCCAACAGGAUAGAGGGCUUGCAAGAACCAACAAAUCGUCUAGGUCGAAAACAGUGCCCUGGCAAGCACAAAAGCGUUGUUCUUCUCUUUCCCAAGCAAUCUCCCCAAAAAGUUUGCGCUGAGGUGGUUCAGCCUUCAGAUGGCUUUUCCUCUGUGGAUGUUCACUCUGCAGUGGUCUAUUCUAAGGUUCCACACUCUUCACCACUUGAUGUUGGUGGAGAGCUUCCAGAUGAUGCUUCUUGCACAUGUUUGGAUCCAAAUGGAAGACCAGUGCCUCUAUCCCAAGGUAAACGCAUCGAUGAGGAUACGCCAAGCACGAAGGCUUCAAGUGAAAAAGUGCUUCAUACCUCAAAGUAUCAUGAAGCUGCUACUUCACCUGCUGCUGUGAAUGGGCGGCAUCCUUCUCCUAAUCGCCUGUUUGGCUUUGGCCUUGGACGGAUUGCCAGAACUCUCAAUUUUAAGGAGAUCUCAUCUUUUCCCAAGCUGAAUGCUACAUAUCCCAUCUUCAAGUCUGGUCCUGUGAGAUCAGGAGCACUUGAUGGCUUUUCUUCUGCUGAGGAGCUUCAGCCUGCAAAAUUUUGGUCUGAGAUUGCACACUCUUCUCCACUUCCUGUUGGAGAACCCGACACGAGGCAUAAGUUAACCGCUGCUGAGACAACAGAGCUUUCCUAUGAUGCUACUUCUGCUUCCAAGCCUCCAAAUGAAGCGCUAAAAAUGCCUCUUGCCGAAAAUGCAGUUAGGAUUUCCAAGAAACUGGACCAAGAAGCUAACCAACCAACAGCUGGGAAAGGAAGGCAUCCCUCACCUAGCCGUCGCUUCAGCUUUGCCCUUGGUAGGAUUAGCAGAAGUUUUAGCUUUAGGGAAGGUUCAGUUGUUCCACAGCCGAGUUCCCCAUAUGGUACUGUCAAGUCUGGUCCUGUGAGACCCCAAGUGUGUGAUUCUUUGGACAAUGAAAGUAGAAACAAGGCCAACAAUCACAGCAGAGCGAGAUCCAGCCCCCUGAGAAGGUUACUUGACCCUCUACUUAAGACCAGGGCAACAAAUCCAUUCCAUUCCAAUGGGACUGCUACAGCAAGUUUGUACUCAACGUCCGAAGUUAUGAGCGGUACCGAAUCCCUUCCGGAUAAGAAACACGAGCUUUCAACUGUCCAAGCUCUUCUGCAACUUACGAUUGAGAAUGGACUCCCGGUGUUCAAACUCAUUCUCCAUAACACCAGUGACAUUUUUGUUGCCAUGAAAAAGUUAACUGCAUCUGGCAAGGAUGGCACUGAAUGGAUCUACAAUUUCCACUCGGUCCAUGCAAGUAAGAAGAGUGGCAGCAGGGUAAAUCAAGCAGAUAAAGGAAAAGGUUGUGGUUUUGGCUACAAUACUAUUGGUCAGAUGAAGGUUUCCAGCUCUGAUGAAGUAGGUACAGCUACAGAGUUUGUGCUCUAUGGUGUUGGACAGGCAGACCCGAAAACACAAGAUUUGAUGCCAGAUAAGGAGCUUGCAGCCAUCAUUGUCGAGAUCCCGGUUGGGAAUUCAUGUGGUGAUGUAGAAGAUCAAAUACGAAAGGGCAAAGAGUUAACUGGGAAUGCUUCUGUAGAGUGCUUAAAGAAAAGAGAAACUGAGAAAUUCAGUAGUACCAGAGUCAGUAGUACCACAGUCAUUCUCCCCGGGGGUGUUCAUGGCUUCCCUAAUAAAGGCGUUCCAUCGCCAAUGAUUAACAGAUGGAGAUCCCGGGGAUCAUGCGACUGUGGAGGCUGGGAUGUCGGUUGCAAACUAAGAAUUCUCACCAACGAGGAUCAGAAUUGUGAGCAGCUUGGACCUUCCCGGCCAUGCUCAAAUCUAGAUCAGUUCGUUCUUUUCGACCAGGGAGGAGCUCAAGGCAAUCGGCUAAUCUUCAGCCUCGCAUCACUCAAGAAGGGGAUUUACACUGUUGAAUUCAGUUCAUCAAUUUCCCUGUUACAAGCAUUCUCGAUCUGUGUUGCAGUCUUGAGUAGUCAGAAAUCAUUUGAUUUCCCAGAAGUGAAUGACCCUUCUGAAGCAAAACUUCAGGAGGAAUCAACUUUGAUUGCUUGUAAAGGUACAAAGACACCCACCAAAACCCAUGGAGAAUUACCCACAAAAUAUGUGCGGUUGCCACCCGCAUCCCCUUUUGGAAGAGUCUAGCUCCAUGCCAAUAAUCCAUGUUGUGAACAAUAAACACUUUUUUAUUCGGGGGUCAAAAUGACAUGUUGUGCAGCUCUGAGCCUGAUUGGUGAUUGGCAUCUUCCCCAUUCACCAAAAAACAAACGUUAAAAUUUUUCUCUCAGACACGCCGAAGUUUGUUGCUCAAGUUUUAAGAAGCUUGAAGAUACGAGCAUUUGGUUGAAAAUAAACUUAUUUUCGUA